AUGGCUUCUACAAGAGACGAAGCAAAGGACGAAACAGUCUUACCUCCCGAUGCCUUCAAAUAUCUCAAUUCCAUCAAACUUCACCAGCCCCAGAUUCUCGGGAAAAGAUUUGCUCGUCUCUGCAAUAAUUUCAAGUAUAUACCUCCUCCCGGCCACCGAGUGAUGUCGUAUAAGGCCAGACUUGAGCACAGAAGGAUACUUAGCAGGCUAGAGAAAGCGUACCGGCUUCCAUCCUACUGGCAUGGUUGUUUCAAAGAACUUCUUCAAUGGCUUCACCGGAUCGACUUCACUCAAGACAACCAAAUUUAUUUUGACAGAUUUCUUGGCGAGAUUAUGAAAGAAACGGAAUUUGAAUGUUCACUACCUCUCCUUCAGACGCGAACCCAUGAGUUUUUGCUUGUCUGGGAGUCUGGAUUAUCUAUGAUGAACACCCCCUACGCAACUAGGUCUGACAAAGAAACCACCUCUUACGAAGAAAGCAGCUCUUACGAAGAAAGCAGCUCUGACGAAGCAAGCAGCUCUGACAAAGAAACCACCUCUUACGAAAAAAGAACCACCUCUUACGAAGAAAGCAGCUCUGACGAAGCAAGCAGCUCUGACGAAGAAACUAUCGAGGAUAAGUGCGAGGAGACCAGGUGGCUUAUUCAUGAGUUCAACCCAGCUCUUCAAAUAGAGCGCAACUCUGACACCGAAGAACCUAUUCUCCCGCUGCGGUUCGUCCUCCCUGUGGGAAGAGUGACAUGCUUUGAAAAGGGAAAGGGAAAAGACCAUGACGGUUAUAGUUCAUUUCAUCUGGUCUUCCAUCCAGUUGACAAGAGCUUUUGGAUGGUGGUGGAUCGCUACUUGGGCUGGGAGAGGUUUGACAACAAAGAACGAAACAUACGCCUACGCUUGCGACUUGGGGAGGGGAACAAUAUGGAGGGAGCCGAAGCAUUCCGUUUGGGGUCAGCGAAUCUUUGGUUCCCCAAAGGCUUGGGUCUGAGUGAGCUCGAUGCCGGCAAACUAGUUUCUAGAUCCAAUCGGCAAAAUCGGGGGCCGGCUGUUGACUUCUCCAGCCUUCCAAAGGUAUCGCGGUUUCAAGACUCCGAGGCCCCGCAAAUUCACAUCGCAGAGGACUCCAGCUUCCAGAGCUAUCUUGCAGAAAACGGAGUGGUGAAAGGACGCUCAUGGCUUAGUGUGUCACCAUUGCCUGCCUGA